AUGGAGGACUCUGACCAGAGGUUGGUGCUGGGCAUGAACAUGGGUGAUGGGCGGGAAACACCUCCCGGGGAGCUGAGGACGCCCACCGAAGAGGGAGAGGAGCAGAGGACACCCGUGCCUGAAGCCAUCUGUGACGGUGGCAGUGGUGAUGCCAAAACUUCCCAGAGGAAAGAAGAGGAGCAGGAGGAAGAGGAGGAGCUUGAUCCCCGCAUCCAGGUAAGAAAAAUAGCUGCAUUGUUGUUAUUAUUAUUAUUAUUAUUAUUAUUAUUUUAUUUUAUUUGUACUCUGCUCAUCUGGCUGGGUUUCCCCAGCCACUCUGGGCAGCUUCCAGUAUACACAGAAACACAAUAAAACAUCAAACAUUAAAAGCUUCCCAACACAGGGCUGACUUCCAAUGUCUUCUAAAAGUCAGAUAGUUGUUUAUUUCCUUGACGUCUGAUGGGAGGGUGUUCCAGAGGGCAGGCGCCACUACCGAGAAGGCCCUCUGCCUGGUUCCCUGUAGCUUCACUUCUCGCAGUGAGGGAACUGCCAGAAGGCCCUUGGAGCUGAGCGAUGGGGGUGGAGACGCUCCUUCAGGUAUACAGAGCCGGGGCCAUUUAGGGCUUUAAAGGUCAGCACCAGCACUUUGAAUUGUGCUUGGAAACCAGUACGAUACUUCUUCCUGUAUUCACUUGCCUGAUGGCAGGCCUGGGAGGGGUUGCCAUUCAGUUCUUCGGGGAUUGCUCCAUGUAAGCUUGUAAUCUGGUUUGCUCUAAGGCUGUAUUGAAAGUGUGGACAGAAACCAGUUGAACUACUGUGACUCGCCUCUUGGCCCUGCUGCCAGCGAGCCACUUAGCAUUUCCAAUCAAGCAGGAACAGAAUGGCCCAAUAGUGUGUUUAUUUUUUCCCUUUGCCUCAGGGCUAGUUGCCAGCAUUUUUAUUUUAGUAAAUGCAAAAAUUCCUUUGAGCAAAAGUAAGCAGCAGUCAGUUUGGCUCUUGGCAGCCACCCAGCGCAGCAACCCUGUGGAAGCUAAGUGGGUCCAUUUACAGUCAUGGGAUGAACGGGGGACCAUUAGCAUUAUUUAUUGGUUUUCAUACCCCGCCCUUCUUCCCCAAGGAGCCCAAGGCGGCAAGCGAAUACACCAUUUAAGAGGAAAAACAAGGCGGGAACGUUCCGAAACAGUUAAAACCAUUUCAGAUAAAAACAUUCUGAAAGCAAUUACAGAUGAAAAUGCUCAUCCAUCCAGUGAUCAUGGGGUUGCCAGGAACAGUAUGCUUCAGGCACCAGGAAGCUCCCUGCCCUUUUCCAAGUGGUACAUUUCCCCCAGGAAAAACACCUUAUCCAUCUAUUUCUGGGGGAGAGUACGGGAGCUUAUUGCUAUUUACAGGGCUGGCAUUAAGAACCAUCAGCAAUUGCAACCCCUGGGUUGGUGUGACAACCGCUGCCAUCUCAUCCUCCCCCAGCCCUUCCUGCCGUUUGGCGCUACUGCAGAGAGGAAAGUAAAUUGGGUGGGUGGGUAAGGUAAAGGUAAAGGGACCCCUGAUCAUUAGGUCCAGUCGUGACAGACUCUGGGGUUGCAGUGCUCAUCUCACUUUAUUAGCCGAGGGAGCCGGCGUACAGCUUCUGGGUCAUGUGGCCAGCAUGACUAAGCCACUUCUGGCGAACCAGAGCAGCGCACGGAAACGCCGUUCACCUUCCCGCCGGAGUGGUACCUAUUUAUCUACUUGCACUUUGGCGUGCUUUCGAACUGCUAGGUGGGCAGGAGCAGGGACUGAGCAACGGGAGCUCACCCCGUCGUGGGGAUUCGAACCGCCGACCUUCUGAUCAGCAAGUCCUAGGCUCUGUCGUUUAACCCACAGCGCCACCAGCGUCCCAGGGUGGGUGGGUACCACGCUUCAAAUCUGCAGCCCAGUGGAAGGUAGGGACUGCAUUCUGGAUUUGUGUAGGGUUUUACUCCUUAGCCUUUUCUUCUGCCAGCGAUAACCCAAAAGGCAGCGGAGUUUAGGACAAGAGUUUUCCUUCUCCCAGGUUGAUGAGCCCCAUCUGCCCAUCACUUCCCUUUAUAGCAUGUGCAGAAUGGCGCCUCGUAUGUCUCCUUCCAGCAGCCAGGGAGGUGCCAAAUGUAUUGUCCUGCUUUCUGGACCACAUCAGUGAGGCCGAGAGCGGGGUCUUGUCCUCUGGGCAGCUCAGGACCUCCAGACACACUGCCCAGGCCUGCGCCCCAGGGAGGUCGCUUUGGUGCUGCUAAGUCAGCGGUUUGGCUUCACCCCCAGAGGCACACUCCAUUGUCUCUUGAGACUUCCUGGCAUUUUGGGCGUCCCAAGGUGAGGAGGAUGUUUUCUUUUUCUUUUCUUUUUUUGAUAAUAAUUUUAUUACUUUUCAAUUACCGUAAUCCAAUAAUAGCCUCAUUAUAACAAUCCCAAAUUAAUAAUACCAAUCACUGAGAUACCAAAUUAUACAAUUUAGAUGGCUCCACUCCGCAUGCUAGAAUUGAUGGUUUGAUGAUUUACUUUACUUCUGCGUUCGUAAAUUUCAAUUACGCUCCAGUCGAAAUAACAAUCCCUUGUAUUGCAACUGCAGUUUUAACAACUUCCAUUCAACAUUAAACGGUUUAUGCAACAUUAAAUGAUUUAUACGCCUGCAGGCAAAGCAUUCAGACUCUCUCCUUGUUCUUCCUGUGUGUGGCAAUUAUUCUGUCCCUAAUGUUUCUUCCUGUCCUUGUAAUAUAUUAUGUCUAUCCGUUGCUGCUGUUCUCCAUCAUGCCUUGGGCUGACCUAGUGUCCCAUUGUUCUUUCAGAAGUUCUCCAUUGCUCCGUCCCUGCUUCACUGUUUUGCAACUUUAGCAGCAGGAGGAUGUUUUCUAGCCCUGCUACCUGAGAUUCUUGAAGUCAAGGAUGGGGGACCUUUUGUGGGCCCACCAAAGGUUGCUGGACUACAACUCCCAUCAAUUCUGACCAUUGACCAUGCUGGCUGGGGUUGAUGGGACUGUCAAGAUGGCGGAGAUUUCAAGACUGACCCUGAGUCCCUCUGUGUGCCUUCUGCCUCUACAUUCAGGAAUAGGAAUCGGAGGCCUGGCUGUUUUUCUUUCCUGCCUUUCUUUCCACCUAUUCAUUCUCUGUUGCCUUAGAUCCCCAGUUUAUGUAUACAUAUGCUCUAUCUGUUAAGCAGAAUAUGUCCAGCAAGCAGCUGCUUAUAAUUUUCUAUCACUUAUUGUGAGGAAUGCAGGUUUCGUCCUAGUAACAAUUUGCAUGUGUUUACAGGUAGUGCCAGGUACAUAUGGCGACACUUUUCAAGAGUUACAAAGUUAAACUGCGGGAUUUGCUCUCGCAAGUGGCAGUGACGGCCACCAACUUGGAUGGCUUUUAAAAAGUAGGAGGAGGAUUCAUUGAUUAUAUUGUUUUUCCCACCAAAGUGUCUCAGAGCAUCUUACAUAAUAAAAAUAGCAAUCACACACACAAAAGGAUUAAAGCCAAAUAUAAAAACAGAAAUGAAACUGGGCCAUGAUGAUGAUGACAAUUAAUAAAAUUUUUUAAAAAGUGCUCAUCUAAGAAAAUAUAGAAAUCAACACAUUCUUUCCCAUUCCACUUAAGAGCAUGAGCACAAAAAGAGACAAGGCUAUCAAUGGCUACUCGCCACAAUGGCCACACUUUAACUUCAGUGUUGGAGGCAGUAAACUGAGUAUAAUCAUAAUAACAGUACCUGUUUAUCUACUUGCACUGGCGUGCUUUUCAACUGCUAGAUUGGCAGGAGCUGGAAUAGAGCAACAGGAGCUCACCCUGUCACGAGGAUUUGAACCGCUGACCUUCUGAUUGUCAAGUCCUAGGCUCAGUGGUUUAGACCAUAGCGCCACCCGCGUCCCUAUUGCAAGAGGGGAGUUUGUGUCUGUAGCAGUCAUGUCUUGCUUUUUGGGCGUCCCAUUGGUUACUGGACUAGGAUGAGCCAGUGGCUGGAUCCAGCCACUUCUCUUGGGUUCUUAUAAGCCUGCUAGGAAAGGGUUCAGGGAAUGAAGGGGCGGAAGUUGUACAAAUGUGUCCUUCUGCACUAUGCCGGUGCCUGUCUCUUGAGUCUGCCUCUCUCUCUGACCACAGGAGGAGCUGGAACACCUCAAUCAGGCCAACGAAGAGAUCAAUCGAGUGGAGCUGCAGCUGGAUGUGAGUAAGGCAGUACCUUCAAAGCAAUUUCAGCAUCCCUUCCGCUUCCGAACACUUCCUGCCUUCUGUCCCCUCCACAGAGGCUGCGUUAUCCCUUGGCAAGUCAGCAGGCAGAUGUCCCCAGUUUCACUCACCGCCUGCACCAUGGCGCGUUUGGUAGAGUGAACUGGGGAGGGAAAUUGUCCCUGCAGUUACUUAAAUGUAUAGGGAGUGCACUGAAAAUUGCCUUUUCGUGUGGGGUAAUUUGUUCCCUCUACUAACGUGACGGUGAAAGAUACUUGCGGUAAAACAAAAUAAAAGGAAAAUAUCAGCUAAUAGGUACAACUCAGUUUAAGCUCUGUUUUCUGGCUUCUGUUUGGAGUCGUCUGCAGCUCAUCCUUCCCCAUGUAGACCUGCCUCGUACUUUGAGGACCACGGAUGUAAUAAGGUUACCGUGGUUGUAUCCAGUGGCAAUCAGCAUGACCAAAUUAGGUCCAUUCAUUUCAAUGGGUCUGUUCUGAAUAUAAGUUACAGCCCCGUGUCUCAAGGCUGGUUGGUGGUUAGAGACUCCUGUUGUAGUGAAAAGAGUCUGGCCUCAACCAGAGCCAGGGCUUUUUCAGCUGUGGCUCCAAUCUGGUGGAACGCUCUGUCACAAGAGACUAGGGCCUUGCAGGACUUGACAUCUUUCCACAGGGCCUGCAAGACAGAGCUGUUCCACCAGGCCUUUGGUCAAGGCACAGUCUGACCCCCUCCUUUGGUAAUCCUCACAGAACUCUAGCCCAAUGGUUGCCAUCAAUUUGAUUUGAACUGAUUUUAUAAUGAAUUGAUUUUAGAAUACUGUAUUAUUUUACUGUUGUUAGCUGUUCUGAGCCCGGCUUCUGUUGGGGAGGGUGGGAUAUAAAUAAAAUAUUAUUAUUAUUAUUAGUUGUGGUUGUCAUAGGAGGGGCCUUGGGGGCCCAAUCCGCUGCUCAGUGCAGGAUCUGCAGAGUGCAGCUGCAGUAUCUCUGACAGGCAGCUGUCCAGCCUGCAGUUCAAUGCCUUCAGGGAAGGAGAGCUCACCACAACCAGUAGCAGUCUGUUCCACAGCCAAACACCUCCUAGCAUUAGGAAGCCUCCUCCUGAUAUUUAGUCGAAAUGUGAUGGGGUCGUGUUUACUACCUGUUUGCAAUCUGCAGCUUCGUGCACCAGCAGUGCACCUCCGUCAGGGCCCCACGGAUAUGGGUGUGCGAAGUAACCAUGCGUUCCAGACACCCUGUGUGAUCCGCCCUUGUGCAUAUAUGAUUCACGCAGCACUUGAGCUCUGUGGGGCCAGCCACGGCACUGCAGCAACCCGUAAAAUCCAUCUUAGGCAUGCAUUUAAUGCAGGGCGAUUCCUUCAACACUGACAUACUUUGCGCCAUUGGUUUCAACAGGAAGCCCGUACCACAUAUCGGAGGAUCUUGUCGGAGUCUGCCAGGAAGCUGAAUGCUCAGGGCUCCCAGCUGGGGAACUGUAUUGAGAAAGCACGCCCCUACUACGAGGCCAGGCGCUUGGCCAAGGAGGUAUCUGUUAACAUUUCCCUCUGUUUCACCCCUGAAGUUGCCAUUAUUCCUCGGCUGUUGUAGAGCAAGAAAUCUUUAAAGGAUGCGAUUUUGGGGGUUCCGGAAUUCUCUAAGCUUUAUUUUGUGUCAUAAAUAGCCACAAGUCAUUGUCAAAAGUGGAAAGAAGCUGCCCCUAUGAAAAGUCUCAGUAAACAUUCCCUUAAAAGUCCACAAUGUGUCAAAAAUAGUUUGCUUUUCCUUCGGAAUUCCUGUUUUGCACAUUGAAUGCCACUCUGUGCAUGCUCAUAUUUCAUUGGGUGCCAGGAUUGGACACCCAGCCUCCCACCCAAAGCUGCUUCUUGUGAGCAAGCACAGUGAUGGCCAAUGUAGGUGCCUUUUCCUCAUUUGUUUUGAGCGGGGAGGCCUGCACCAUAUUGUGGGCCCUUUCUGAUCUUAUAGAUGGCAGCCAUUUUGCGUUGCCGCUCUCCCACAGUAGCCAUUUUGUGACUGGUGCCCACGGCACUUUCUCAAAAUUCUGCCUGGUUCCUAUUGGCUGCUGACCCCUGUUCUGCUGCAUCCCCCGCACCUAAGAUUGGGGGCUAAAAGGAAUUGUCCCAGGACAACUGAUUUUAUAAGCAGGAUUUAAGCUGUUUUAUGAAUUAUUUUGCGUGGGGGAGGAAUGGAUUGAAAGGCUCUUGGCAGGACCUUGGGUUUUUGAGCUGCUUCUGGCAGAAGCCCAUCCUUUACCUGUGAGGAAUAAUGUAAACACAAUGCUAUCAGCAACACGUAAUCCUGUUCCCAGCUUUAAACAGCUGGGCAUAUCCUGUCCAGAGUGGCUUACAGCAGUGUGGAGGAGCAAAACCCACAAUUAGCAGUUUCAGAUAACAUGAAUGUCAAUGGAUGACGUGGCAAUGAUUAUGUGGGUGUCUGUCAACAUGAAUAACUGUAUACAAAACAAAACAAAAUAGCCGACUUGCACUUAAUUAAAACCCUACCCUUUCAGCAGUGCUAGAAACUCAGAUAUAUAAUCUAAUUGCCAAAUGGCACUUUAAACCUAGGUUACAGUCGCCACAUUGGGAUGGAGUCCCCGCCCCCCCGAAUGGGGUAUUAUUAUUAAUUUUCGUUUCUAUACCGCUUUAUAUUUUAAAGAACAAAUCUCAAAAUCUCAAAUCUCCUGGCGCCUAGCUAAUUUCUAACACUGCCUGUCAGCAAAGAGGUAUUCUGUUGCAGGCUCUUUUCUGAUACGCUAGUUUUAUAUAUAAAGAGAGCUACUUUAUUUAAAGUAAGGGAGCAGUUGAACGUGCCACCUCCGUGUCUGAAGUGGUACAGUGGUACCUUGGGUUACAUACGCUUCAGGUUACAGACUCCGCUAACCCAGAAAUAUUACCUGGGGUUAAGAACUUUGCUUCAGGAUGAGAACAGAAAUUGUGCUCCAGCGGCGCGGCGGCAGUGGGAGGCCCCAUUAGCUAAAGUGGUGCUUCAGGUUAAGAACAGUUUCAGGUUAAGAACGGACCUCCGGAACGAAUUAAGUACUUAACCCGAGGUACCACUGUACAUCCCAGCAAGAGCUGCACUGUGCAAUUCUCCCUGCGUGUUUCAAGUCUCCACCUUUCCCUCCUCUGUGAUUAUACCUCUAGGUCAAGGGUGGCCAAUGUGGUGCCCUCGGGAUGUUGUUGGGCUCCAGCUCCCAUCAUGCCUGACUGCUAGCCAUGCUGGCCUGGGGCUGAUGGGAGUUGGAAUCCAACAGCACCCAGAGGUGGCCUCACAUUGGCUACCCCUGCUCUAGCUAGUGUGUGAGAGAGAGAAUUGGGGUGAGGGAGUGCUUAAAACAAGGGGAGAGGAGUGUGUGUGUGUUCUGGGGGGAAACAAAAGCUUAGGGGGUUUUUAAUGGAAUUUUUGUUUGCGUUGCAUUUCUCUCCUCCACUCACUACAGGCACAGCAAGAGACCCAGAAGGCUGCCCUGCGGUACGAGCGAGCCGUCAGCAUGCACAACGCGGCCCGGGAGAUGGUUUUCGUGGCUGAGCAGGGGGUCAUGGCUGACAAAAACAGACUGGACCCCACCUGGCAGGAGAUGCUCAACCACGCUACGUGCAAGGUGAGGGGGAAGGCCUGCAGGGAUCAGGAGCCUGCAACCCUGCGGAUGUCGUCAGACUCUUUUCUCCCAUCAGCCCCCAGCCAGCACAAGUCAACGCUCAGGAAUGGUGGCCGCUGUAGUCUGGCCAGAUUCAGGCAUGAUGGUGUCCCACCAACACUGAAAGGACUGCAAGUCCCCCAAUGCGGUAGUGGUCUGGAGUCACAGGAGGUUGAAGGCCUGUUGCUAUUUCUGGAGCAGGGUCCGUCCCUGUCUCCAGCUUCUUAGAGCCACCCAGUCAGCAUGGAAGGGGAGCUUUUUAGUCUUUGGAUGCCCCAAAGCUAGGAUUUGGGGACGCUGGAAGUGCAAGGUGCUUCAGUUUCAAGACAGUGGUCUGCAAGUUCUGUGACGUUCAGUGGAACUUCAUGGAAAACGCAGCUCAAAGUGCUCUUGAGGAAGAUACGGAGCACUCCAAAUUAUGUGCCUGUUUACGUGCACAGAAAACAGCAGAUCUAGCUGAAAGGCAACAUGUGGAGAUCUGCACCGAUCGUUGCAGGGCACCUCUCAUUGUUACUGUAUAAUUAUCAGAUUAUUGUCUAAUAUUAGAAGGCGGCUUGGCUGUGAAUAUCAUAAAAAGACCCUGCACUCCUGAAUUUGCCACUAUGCCGCUGGAUACAGAUCAUACCAUCCAACACACUGUAAUAAUAAUACAGUGGUACCUUGGGUUACAUACGCUCCAGGUUACAGACGCUUCAGGUUACAGACUCCACUAACCCAGAAAUAGUACCUCGGGUUAAGAACUUUGCUUCAGGAUGAGAACAGAAAUCGUGCUCCGGUGGCGCAGCAGCAGUGUGAGGCCCCAUUAGCUAAAGUGGUGCUUCAGGUUAAGAACAGUUUCGGGUUAAGAACAGAUCUCCAGAACGAAUUAAGUUCUUAACCCGAGGUACCACAAUAAUAAUAAUAAUAAUAAUAAUAUCAACAACAACAACAACAACAACAACAAUAAUAAUAAUUUCUUAUACCUUGCCCAUCUGACUGGGUUGCCUCAGCCAUUCUGGAUAGCUUCCAACAAAAAGACAAUUCUUGAUUAUACAGUGGUGCCUCGCAAGACGAAAUUAAUCCGUUCCGCGAGAGUCUUCGUCUAGCGGUUUUUUCGUCUUGCGAAGCAACCCUAUUAGCGGCUUAACGGAUUAGCGCUAUUAGCGGUUUAGCGGCUAUUAAAGGCUUAAAGGCUUAGCAGAUUAGCUGCUAAAAGGCUAUUAAAGGCUAUUAAAGGCUUAGCAGAUUAGAUAAAGGGGGCGAAAAGCGGGAAAAAAACCUCAAGACUUGCAAGACAUUUUCGUCUUGCGAAGCAAGCCCAUAGGGAAAUUCGUCCUGCGAAGCAACUCAAAAACGGAAAACCCUUUCGUCUAGCGGGUUUUCCGUCUUGCGAGGCAUUCGUCUUGCGGGGCACCACUGUACAUUAAAAACUUCCCUAAACAGGGUUGCCUUCAGAUGUCUUCUAAAAGUCAGAUAGUUGUUUAUUUCCUUGAUAUCUGACGGGAGGGUGUUCGACAGGGCCGGCGCCACUACCAAGAAGGCCCUGUGCCUGGUUCCCUGUAGCUUCACUUCUUGCAGUGAGGGAACCACCAAAAGGCCCUUGGAGCUGGACCUCGGUGUUCAGGCUGAGCGAUGGGGGUGGAGACGCACCUUCAGGUACACACAGGGCUGAAGUUAGUAAGGUUGGGAGAGUCCACACACCAUUCGCAUCUUUGCCAACUGGAGGAAGAGAGAAAGAGGAAUGGCAGAUGAAGAUCAUGGACUUUUUGGAGCUAACCAACCUGACCGGAAGAGUCCGUGACCAGAAGGAGGAGGAGCACCAGGAAGAAUGGAAGAACUUCAAAGAUUAUUUACUUAAAUAUGCUAAGAUAAAUUAAUUAGAAAUACUUGCAAAAAAAGUAGAUAGGCUAAGGAUUUAAAUAUGUGAAGUUAUAGAAUAUUAUGUUUAAAGCAAAGAUGAAAAGAAACAAAGAUGUUAAGAGGAUUAAGUAAAUUUUAUGAGAUGUUGUUUUGGAAAUCCGUUACAAUGAUAUAUAAUGAAAUUCAGUCAAGGGAAUUUGAGGAAGUCUCUUAACAAUCUUAUUAAGAUUGGGUUAAGUACAGUUAUGAUGUAUGCUUGUUCGUUAGUUUAAAAUUUUGGAAAAUUAAUUUAAAAAAUUGGGGGGAAAAUAGAGGAAGAGGGAAAGAACUGGUUGCUGGGGAAGACAAAGUGAUGGCAGAGUGGGUGGGAGGUUGUUCCCAGUGUGAGCUUUCAAGGCCUGGAGAGCAUCCUCUCUCUGACUUGCCCCUUUCCCUCCCUUCAGGUGAACGAGGCCGAAGAGGAGCGCCUGCGAAGCGAACGGGAGCACCAGCGCGUCACCCAGCUCUGCCAGCAGGCCGAGGCCAAGGUGCAGUCGCUGCAGAAGUCCUUGAAGCGGGUCAUUGUGAAGAGCAAGCCCUACUUUGAGCUGAAGGCCCAGUUCAACCAAAUCCUUGAGGUGAGACCUUCCUCUGGGUCCUAGGACUCGCCCCACCAAGGCAGCCUUUGUGCCCUUAACAAACGACAGCUCCCAGAAUCCUUUGGUGGGGGAAUCUGCGACUGUUUAAAGUGGGUGCCUGAGGGUUUAAAUGCCUGAUUUGUUGAAAAUGUUGUCUAUAAGAAUAAAAGAAAAUUAUUAUAAAUUAGUUUGGAGAUGGUAUUUAACACCAGUCAGAUUAAAUCAAACAAGCAAGGAAUAUUUGGUGUUAUGUUGGAGGGGAUGCCAGGAAACAGGGAAUUAUGUUCACAUGUGGCGGGGGUGUAAAUAUGUACAUUUUUUAUUUUUUAUUGGCAAAGGGUGUUUAAGGAGAUAACAGAAAUAAAUCACCGGGUUAAAGCUGAUCGAAAGUCCAGAGAUAGCAAUAUUAUCAAUUUACAAUGGAGUGGAAGGUUCGCAGGCUAUGAAGGACUUGCUCACAAAUUUAUUGACAGCUGCACAAAUUAUUCUACAUGGAAGUGGAAGGAGCAAGCAGAAUAUAAAAUAGAAGAAUGGUAUAAAGAGGCGUGGGAUAUAGCUAUUAAUGAUAAAUUAACCCAUGCCAUUAAGGCAGGACGUGGAACAUGCAGCAGAAAUGAGUGUGAGAAGACAUGGAAGCUGUUUGUAGAAAGUGUACUGUUAAAACGGAAAGGGGUCAAACCAUCGCACGAGGUGUUGAAAUUUUGGGAGGUUGGAUAGUUACAAUGGAAUGGUCUUGUGGGUGAGGUACACAUUUUUAUUCUUAUUUAUUUACUUUGUCAAAGUAAAAUAAAAAGAACAAACCAAAAAUAAAUGGAAAGCAUUUCCAGGGAAAAUAAAAGCCUGGUUGGUGUGCAUGUUGGCCUAAUGCUUCACCUGUUGCUUUUUUGCCGUACAGGAGCACAAGGCCCGGGUGACGUCCCUGGAGCAGCAGGUGGGCCAGGCCAAGAUGCGCUACUCUGUGGCCUUGCGGAACCUGGAGCAGAUCAGCGAACAGAUCCAUGCCCGGAGGCUCCAGCGCCUGGUGGGCCGGAGGGCUUCCCCGGUGGGUGCCGAGGCCAGCCCGGCACUGCUCUAUGGGGCGGCGGCGCUGCCUCCUGAGCCAGCCGCCUCCGCCGACACGCUCUCGUUGCUCAGCUUCCAGACCAUUGCCUCCGACCUGCAGAAAUUCGACUCGGUGGAGCACCUGCUGGGGCUGUCCGACGCCGCCAGCCUCAACAGCGACGAGCUGGAGGAGCGGGAGCAGCGCCGCGAAGCCCAGCCCCACCCCUUCAAGCACCACCGCAGCAUCAGCCUCUGA